AUGUCGAAAAGAGCCGUGACUGUCACCUUCGACUCUCCAAAAAGCGACAAGGAUUCUGUAGGGAACAACGAAGUUGUGAAGGUGAGCUCAAAGUUUCAAAGUAUUAUGGAUGGAUAACAUCAAAAGCUAAGAUACGUGGAUGGAUAACAUCAAAAGCUAAGAUACGCGAAUGAACCGAAAAGAACUCAUUUUUCCGAAAAGUCUCGUAUGUUUUGUAGUUACUGUUAUACUAGUCUACAGCAGUCUAAUAAGUGAGAGAGUCUAAAUAGUGUUAGCCCAACUUGCAGCUGCGCAUAAAAGUUGACAUUUUUCAAGAUAAACUAACAUAGAAAGCUUCAAGAAUACAAAUAUCUUCUAGAAGCCACGUUUCACGAUCGCGAACAUUCUUGAUGAAGAUGUGGAAGAAGACUGUCUGCUAUCUUCGGUGCCUGUGGGACAAAAAGAAAAAACACGGACACGUUCAAAGUUGGGAACGAAGAUGAAGGUUUCAACUUGUGUACUGACAAAAUCGUCACUUCUUUUCUUAAUUUUAGGACGGAAAUCUUCCAAUCGACUGCAAACUCGAAGGUUCUGAGCUGUGGGCAAAAUUUUUCGACUUGGGAACAGAGAUGAUCAUCACAAAGAGUGGGAGGUGAGGGGCUUUCAAACUGAUUACUUCUACUCGUUAACUCGAAACACACAGAAAGAGAGCUAAUUUGCCAAAAACGUGUUAGGAGCUUGUCGCGAAAAACACUGAGUGAUACUCGCUUUUAGUUGAUGAGGUGCUCACGGGGGUGAAGCCGUAUUGCAAACUGAAAAUAAUUCCGAAUUGAGAGAAGGGGGGUGCGGUCAGCUUUUGAAGAAAGAAUUUUCUAUGUGUAGAUUUCUUAGAACGUCUUGAUUUAGGAUGCAUUAGGAAACGAUCAGUACGGUUUGCUUCCCCGAGUAAAUAUUCAUAUUCGAGAGUCAGUUAUGACUGAAACAAGUAUUUCCGGGUAGUACAGCAGUUACUCAGCUCCUAUGCCGAAAAACAAAAAUCAUCUCAGAUUUCCAUUUCCGUCGCAAUGAAAGACACUGUGAGAAUAGGUACCGUAUCCGUUCACUGUCUUUUUUCCGCAAUGUCCAAUCGAUUUGCAUGUCUAUAUCAGCAAUAUGUGUCGCUCAUUCUAAUUGGUUCGUCUCGCCAUUCUUUUCUUCUGAAUACCGACACGAACAUAAAACACCCCUUCGCCCUCUUCAGCCCAAAGCACAUUCAUCAAUUCAGUAGAGACAGCCUUCUAGGAGGAAGGGGGUCGUUUGUGUGAUUCGUGAUUGAAUUUCUGAUGGGUAUCUUGGGGCCAGCGAACGGAGUACUGUAGUUAAUUCGUUGUGUUCAGAAAACCAACUUAUGAUACAUUUCAGGCGAAUGUUCCCCACCGUCAAAGUAUCUUUCUCCAACGUCAUCCUGGACGCUCUUUACUACAUUUUUCUGGAUGUGGUUCCAGUCGAUUCCAAAAGGUUUUGAAAGCAUUAGGAGGGUUGUAAGUUGACGGGUUACAGAUACCGAUACAUUUACAACAAGUCAGCGUGGCUAACAGCUGGAAAAGCGGAACCGGUUCCUAAGAAUCGCUACUAUCUACACCCGGAUUCACCGUUCACUGGAGACCAACUCUUGAAACACGUGAUUUCGUUUGAAAAGACAAAAUUGACCAACAAUGAAGUUGAUAAAACUGGUCAUGUUAGUAUUACUUGAAAGUUUUAUGAUAUAAAUCAACGUUUCAGUUAAUACUGAAUUCAAUGCACAAAUAUCAACCGAGGAUCCAUAUUGUGCAGAGAACAAAACAAAACCAACUGGACCCAAGCAAAAUGAACAUGUCCGAAGAACAACAUUGUACAUUUACCUUCCCGGAGACCCAAUUUAUGGCUGUGACAGCAUAUCAGAACCAAUUGGUGUGAAGAACACGCUGAGACUCAAUUUAUCACAAUUUAUCAUUCUUUAGAUCACCAAGUUGAAGAUAGAAAAGAAUCCUUUUGCGAAGGGGUUCCGGGAUCCAACAGGGAGAUCUCCUGAUGAAAUGUUUGUGCAAGUUCUCGGCAGUUUCCUAUAACUGAAUUUUUUACAGGGAGCGCGGUUCCGGAGACAUCUCUCCAAUGAUAUUGUCCAAUUUUUAUCAUUCCUCAGCUCUACAGCAGGCCAUGUUCCAACAAUGUCUUUCGAAAACUCUUCAAAUGAACCCUUCUAUCAUGAUGCUCUAUCAAAACGUAUUUCCAGGUGGUCAAAUGCAGCCAUCGUCUAAUCCAGAAAUUACUUUGAAGUGAGUUUGAGAUUUGAAUUUACUUACUUUAGUUUGAAGAUACCUGAACUGAUUACUGUAGAUGAUCGUAUUCUCCAAAUAGGGGGCGAAAACUGGGAGAAAACGAAACUUUACUCGUAGUCUGAAAGAUCGAGACAAAGACGACAGAGGCAUCUGUUGAGUCGAUUUUCGGGUGUCAAUUUCACAGAAUUUUUAAAUUUACAACAAACUUUACUUUACUUUAGGAAGAUCGGGGAUACAUCGAAUCAGAACGUAUUAUGAAAGGUAUAACGGAGACCCAUUUGUUUACCUCUAUAUCUGUCCGUCAUCAGUCUUCUUCAAUACUUACUCUUGAAAAACAUUGUGACGAUAAAUGAAGAAAUGAAUACCCAAAAGUUUUCAGAAAGUUCACGUGAAAGUUCAUUUCUCUGAUCGCUCCAUUACAAAUUUUUCAUUUUAGAAAUAGAAAACAAAGGGACAUACCCUAAAAAUUUAAUAAGAAUGACGAUGACGGUGAUAUCUCAAAACUGGAAAGCGAUGAAUCUCUGUGAGCAUUUUAUUGAAAAGUUAUAGGUCGGAAUGA